AUGGAUCCCGAGGGCGAGUCGCAACCCACGCAGCCGACGCAGCAAGCGACCCAGAACGUGCUCGAUCCCCGCCGGCUGGGCAAGCAAAACUCGGGCUUCACAGACGAGGACAUCUCCGACAUAAUAUGCGUCCUGAUCCCCUGCACCGAGAACGCGCGCCGCGAGGUCGCUAGGAUCGCCAACGAGAACUCGCAGCACCUCGUCGGCCGCGACGAGGCCGAGAAUGCCGACCUCGACUACGACCUCGAGGACGAGGCCAGCCGCUUCGGCGGCCUCAUCCCCCACGACGGCGGCGGCCACGCCAUCGCCCUGCGCCUGUCCGCCGCCGUCAAGAACCCGCUGCAGGGCUUCGCCUUUGGCCGCAACCUCAACCGCUGCGACAUCUGCUUCAAGGAGGACCCCUGCCGCCGCCUGAGCAACAUCCACUUCCGCAUCUUCCUCAACGAGUACGGCGUCCUCAUGCUCGAGGACCAGUCCACCAACGGCACCAUCGUCGACGACCACCUGCUCAAGUCGCGCUCCCGCAACCCCGUCGACACCAAGCGCAUGCUGCAGAGCGGCUCCAAGAUCUCCAUCCUCAUGCACCGCGACACCAGCGACCUGGCCUUCCGCGUCCGCGUGCCCCGCCGUGACGGCGACUACGAGGUGGCCUACCGGAGGAACCUCGGCGCCUACCUGCAGCACCUGAAGGAGAUUGCGGAGGACCAAGAGCAGACCAUCAGCGCGGGUCCCGACGGCCAUGUGGACAUUUUCUCGGGACAGGGACGUGGGACUCUCAAAGGAGCUCUGGGCAGCAAGCAGAGGUACAUCGCCUUGCCCAACGAGCCCACCCAGGACGGCUCCGAGCGGCUGGCCAGGGAGUGGAACGGCUCGGACAAGUACCACCGCGUGGGCCAGAUAGGAAAGGGCGCCUUUGCGACGGUGCACAAGGUGACCUCCAAGUACGACGGCAUGCCCUACGCCGCCAAGGAGCUGGACAAGCGCCGCUUCAUGAAGAACGGCGUCCUGGACCAGAAGGUCGAGAACGAGAUGAAGAUCAUGCAGAGGGUGCGGCACCCAAACAUCGUGCAGUACAUCGAACACAUCGACUGGCUUGACAGGUCGCUCAUCAUCAUCAUGGAGCUUGUUCCUGGGGGCGACCUGGGUGGGUGGAUCGGCAGCAGAGGGCGCCUGCCCGAGCCCACUGUCAAAGUUAUGGCCCAACAGCUCAUCAAUGCUCUGGGCUAUUUGCACGAGAACAACAUCACACAUCGAGACGUCAAGCCGGACAAUAUCUUGAUUCAGUCGACCCAGCCAUUCGUAGUCAAGCUGACCGACUUUGGGCUGUCAAAGAUGAUCGACAAGGAGGAGACCUUUCUCCGGACCUUUUGCGGCACGUUGCUCUACUGCGCCCCAGAAGUGUACUCGGAGUAUGCAGAAUAUGACGAGUACGGAAGGAGAAAUCCCCGGAACAGAAGUAGGAGAGCUAUGCCGGGGCAGAGAUACGACCACGCGGUCGAUAUCUGGUCGCUGGGCGGCGUGCUGUUCUACGCUUUGACCGGCUCCCCGCCCUACCCUGUCAGGACGGGCAUCAGCUACUCUGAGCUCCUGCACCAGAUCAUGACCAAGCAGUUGGACAUCUCGCCGCUGGUCCAAGCAAACGUCACCGGGGACGGGAUCUCUUUCCUUGUCGACAUGCUGCAGAGGCGGCCAGAGAAGCGGGCUACCGUGCAAAUGCUCCAGGAGCACCCUUGGCUCGGUGGCCCAGGCUCCAUGAGGCCGCCGCAAAGUCUGAAGGCGUCGUUUGAUGAGGUGUCAGACGACCAGCUGGAGCAGAGCGCGUCGCAGCUAAGCCUAGCAGACAGACAGACGAAGCAAAUACCGAGUGAUGACGAAAUACUAGACGACGACUUCUUUGAGGAGAACAACGAGUCGGAGAAGGAGAACUACACUUUUAUGCCGGGCAACCAGGGACAGAGGCUCUUUGGCGAGGUGAACGUGUCGGCUAUCGGGAGCUCCGGGGUCAUACCGUCAAAUCGUCUUAACCUACCUCUAUCAGGGUCGAGUUAUUCCGGCACGGAUAUUUUGGAUUCUGAGAUCAGGGAUAGCUUUGAAUCUCAAAAGCUGUCGACACCGAAGCAACAGCCGCGGUCACAAAAGUCACAGAACCGGUCAAGUGGCGGUGUGCCUUUGUCGGCGGCCAAGAGCUACUCGGUGGACGCGCUCAACAACAUGACAUUUGAUGUCGAAUCGCAGAGUCUGGGAGGCGCAGAGUCCUUUCUCGACAAUCUCAACAUGAAGAGCACGAUAGGGGGCGAAUUGCUGGGCCGGUCAAUGAGCGAGUUCAAUACGAGCAAGAGGAAACCUGCCUACGAUACCAGCGACGAAUAUGAAGGCGCUCAGAUGCCUGAAAAGCCGACGAUUAAGAGGCUUAAAUCGGAGGUUACACUAGAACUGCCGUCUGACGUGGAAGAUGCCGAGAACCUGCUGUACACGCUGAUCCCGCCCAUCUCGAGAAUCCAGUCUGGCCGCCAGAUGGACUCUCCGGUCCACAAGAGCAUAUACUGGGUGGCGGGUGACAAGAAGUCCUGGCACCUGAGAUACCCCGAGAUGACGCAGCUGCAGCACGAUGCCUUCAAGGAGGCCGCUGCCAGGAGGGGCGAGGAGUUUGCGGAGGGCAAGUCGCCGCUGUGGGAUCUAGCCAUGAAGUUCUUUCCGCCGGUGGAGGCCUCGUUCGACGGGGACAGCCCGCUGGGCCCAAGCGACAAUGGCGCACCACUGACGGUCGACACCAAGCUGGAGAGUAAAGAGCCAGAACCCGUGCCCUCCACGGCUGCGCCAGACGACGACGAUAUUCCCGACACUGCCCCUACCGAGACCAACAUCAUCGUGCCUGUCCUCACACCAGCCAAGCGGGUCGUCGCGUCCAUGCAGUCGUCAAGCAGCUCGGUCGUGCAGAACGUGUCCAUCGCCGUCACCGAGUCGGUCACCUCGUGGGGGCGGGCGCUCGAGAACACGCGCGUCUACCAGGCCAGGCAGGAGGUCCGGGUGCCCAAGUACGCCUUCAAGCUGCUCCUCUGGAAGGAGGCCUACGACCCUUCGCGCGAGUUCCGGCCCUGGAACCUUGUGUCUGGCGGCGAUGACGAGGCCUCGUCGUACCACUUCUACAUCUCGACCAAGGCGACCAACGGCAUCCGCGUCAACGACACGCUGCUCGAGUCGCACGAGCCUAAGCGGCCCGACGCGCCGUCGAGGCACUGGAUCCGGCUGCACGACGGCGACGCCGUGACGGUGUGGAACUCUGGCGACGCCAGCCGGCCGAUGCAGCCGGGGCAGCAGCGCACGACGCUGGUCUUCCGCUGCGGCUGGGGCGGGUCCGCGCGGCCGAGAUCGCACGCCCCGUCGUCGCAGCCCGGCACGGCGGCGGCGGCCCUCGUGCCCGACGCCAUCGCGCGGCGGCUCGACGAGGCGUGCGCGCGCGCCGAGAAGCGGGUCCACGUGCUGGCCGAGUCGGAGCUCAAGAUGGCCGAGGCCGACGCCGACGUCGCGGCGCGCAGCCGGCACAUUGAGCGCGAGAGGCAGCGGUCGCGCGCGUUUGAGGCGCGGCGGCUCGAGGCGUGCCGGCUGCUACGGGCGGGCACGGGGAGCAGCUCGUCGCGGCGGACGAGCCCUGCGCCGCCGGCGGCGCUGCCGGACACGGCGGGGCCGAGUAGCCACGUCGCUGGCGUCGUCGUGUCGCCUCCACCACCCCUUCAGGUCCUUCAGGGGCAGGGGCAGGGGCAGGGCCAAGGAGGGUAUCUCUCGGGCAAGACGGUGGUUAUGGGGCAGCCGCCGGGUCUGAUGCGGCAUGGGAGUCCGCUCAAGGAUGCGCUCGUCGCUAUGGCGGAGGCGGAGGAGGAGAUGAAGAGGAGAUGA